AUGUCUUCGGGGGUCAAGGCACCACCAGCUCGUCCGCCUUGGCCGGAGACUCCCUGCACGCUCUGUCAGGAUGCACUGCGACAUGCGAAGAAAACCACAAUCUCAUUUCCACUCCACAAGCUUCUUGCUGGACUCAAUGGGUACGGUCGAGAAGGUAACGAAAGAAAUUGCGCUUCUUGUCGCAUUAUCCUUGAAAUAGCACAAAGGUUCAACCCGGAAGAAAUAACCGACCAGACUAAAGAAUGCCUGAAGGGAUUUCAAGCCAACCUCUGCCCUCAAGAUGAUGCCCUGUUCCGCUUGGAUAUCGAGGUGGCACAACUUGCACCCAGGAAGCCCCUGCGGUCAUACUUUCAACGGUCUAUUAAUCUUAAUGAGGAAGCAAAGUACCUUCCGUCUAUUGAAGUUUUUCAAAAUCUCACACCUGUGGUCUCGACGACAGAUUCCGACUUCUCACUUGCCCAGAGUAUUGACUCAACUUGCGACUUCAUCCGGGACCGUCUCAAUGACUGUGAGCGGCAUCAUGGUGAGCCGUGUCGAGCAUCUUAUCGCGAUUCGCAGCGAUUACCUACCCGCCUUAUUGACGUAGAUUCCAUACAUCCGGAUGUUCGAGUGUGCAAGUCAACUCCAAGCAUGAGCGAGCGGUAUAUUAUACUAAGUUACUGUUGGGGAAAGGGUGAAAAUUUCAGGCUCCUUCAAGGCAAGCUGAAGCAAAUGAUGCAAAGGAUUGCUAUCUCGGAAUUGCCCCCUUUACUUCAGGACUCAAUCACGGUUGCUCGACGCCUUGGAGCUACCCACAUCUGGAUCGAUGCAUUGUGCAUUCUACAGGAUAAUGAAUGGGAUGACCCAAAGCCGGACCCAGAAACCCUACUAAAUGCGCAAAAAGAUCAGGCGAAGGAGCUUCCUAGAAUGGGAGAGUACUAUCAUAAUGCCAAUCUUACCAUCGCUGCCUCCUCGGCAAGCGGCGUUGAGGAACCCUUCCUAGAACUGAGAGAUCAAACUUGGGAGGCACAAGAGUUCUCGAUGGUGAAAUCGGACAGAGGGUUUGGCAACAAGAAGAUAUUUCCAUGUAAGACUUUUACAGCACAUCAUCGACGAAUCCAACCAGACUAUAAGUAUCUUGUUCUUGAUGCCCCCCUAUCGAAACGUGCGUGGACUUACCAAGAAAACAUUAUGUCAAGGCGGAUAGUUCAUUUCGACAAGUCGGGUGUCAUAUGGGAAUGUGGGGAAAAGGUCGUUGCUGAGCCACGCAAAACCAAGAAUACCUAUGUGAGAUCUCAGGGGACACUCAUUGAAACAAAGGCCUUGUGUCGGCUCAUUAAAGGAGGGCAAUGGAACGAGAUUGUGGAAACGUAUACCAAACGGAGUCUCACAUAUGCUAUCGACAAGCUACCUGCAAUAUCUGCGGUUGCGGAACUUAAAGCUGUAGACUUGGGUUCCAAGUACCUCGCUGGGAUGAUGGGAAUCGAGCUUCAAAACUCUUUGUUCUGGCUCCGCAGCAUCGAUGUUUCAGCCGCCGAGAUUGGAAAUAGCAUUGGGUUGAUGCUACCAACUACCAAGAGUAAUCAAGAUACGGGACUUGUUCACCAAUACACCGCACCAUCCUGGUCGUGGGCAUCCAUCGUCGGACCAGUGAGAUGUACAGUUGUUCCAGCAAAAAUGAUCAGGAUACUGUCCGCCGAGUGCGAGGUAAUAGACGAAAAUUUAUACGGAAAAGUCACCAGUGGCCAUAUUCGUCUCGAAGCACCAAUCUUCAAGGCUGAUCUGCAUUUCACGCCUAACAAGAGUUUUCAUUCUGCAUACUCUCUCUUGCGGAAUAAGAUAAUGAGCUCCUUCUUCCCAGAUUCACAUAUACAGACACGAUCCAUUCGGGGACCAAAAGGCGGGGAUCAACAAGAGACUGCCGAGCGAUGUUUGGAGCCACCGGAGGCAAGCUUUCGUGUUCCGGUAUACUGUGUCGCUGGCAGUCUCACUAAAGGACACGACGAUGUUGACGGGGCAGUGUUGUGGCUUCUUGUUCUCGGUGUAGCCCAAACUGAUACACGGGAUACUUUCGUUCGGCUAGGAGUUGGACAGGUAAUUCGUAAUUUUCCCCGAAGUAGCUUUGGGAGCCUAAAUUCUUUUGGGCUGAUUUCCGAUACCAUUGUACCCGAGCCUGCAAACUCAGCCUCAGCUACACCGAUCGUCGUUAGUUCAAGCUUCGCAACCAGUAGCUAUUCAUCAAUCCUCAGUAUGUCAUUAUCAAAGAGAAAGCGCACUCGUGAGUCUACCGUUCCAACAGAGAAUGAAGGACCCUCAAAUUCUUCGAACCAUGGCUCUGCCUCAUCUGAAUCCGAAUCCAUACAACUGAACCCGCAACAUCAGGAUAAACAUUCCUCUAUCGGAGACUCUCCAAACACUUUUCAAGCUCUAGGAAUACUGCAAUCAUUAUGCGACGCCUGUGAAUCCCUUGGCUACACAAAGCCCACACCCAUUCAGGCGCAAUCCAUCCCGAUUGCAUUGCAAGGACGAGAUUUAAUCGGCCUCGCAGAGACUGGUAGUGGCAAGACUGCAGCCUUUGCGCUGCCCAUUUUACAGGCAUUGAUAAAUCAGCCACAGCCUCUACACUCUCUUAUCCUUGCGCCUACCCGAGAACUUGCCCAGCAAACGUCGAAAGUCAUCGAAGCCUUAGGUUCCUUAGUAUCAGUCCGGUGUGCAUUAUUGAUCGGGGGCCUCGACAUGGUCUCACAAUCGAUAGCACUGGGAAAGAAGCCGCAUGUUGUGGUUGCGACGCCAGGACGUCUGCUUGACCAUUUGGAAAAUACAAAAGGUUUCUCACUGCGGCAGUUGAAAUAUCUGGUCCUAGAUGAAGCGGAUAGACUGUUGGAUCUCGAUUUCGGUCCGAUAUUGGACAAGGUUCUGAAGAUAUUGCCGAAGAGGACGACAUACCUAUUCUCUGCAACCAUGUCUAGCAAGGUCGAGUCCCUACAGCGGGCGUCUUUAUCAAAUCCUGUACGAGUCUCGGCAACCACAGAGCAUCAAACGGUCUCGACACUCUUACAGUCAUAUAUUUUCAUACCAUUCAAGCACAAAGAUGUAUAUUUGAUUCAUACAUUGGACGAGCGAGCAGGGCAGAUGGCGAUCAUAUUCACCCGUACAGUUAACGAGAGCCAUAGGAUUUCGAUUAUGCUGCGGCAUCUUGGAUUUUCUGCGAUACCUCUCCACGGCCAACUCUCACAGAGUGCACGACUAGCAGCAUUGAACAAGUUUCGACUAGGAUCUCGAAGCCUACUUAUUGCCACCGACGUAGCAGCUCGUGGGCUGGAUAUACCUUCGGUCGACCUUAUCAUCAACUACGAUCUACCUCAGGACAGCAAGACUUAUAUCCACCGCGUUGGCAGAACCGCCCGAGCUGGUAAAAGUGGCAGUGCGGUUUCCUUUGUUACGCAAUAUGAUGUCGAAUUAUGGUUAAGGAUAGAAACGGCGAUAGGCCAGAAGUUGGAAGAGCAAAAGCUAAUAAAAGACGAGGUUAUGAUCUUUGCUGCGCGAGUAGGGGAUGCCCAAAGAAUGGCUAUGCGAGAAAUGAAGGAUCUACAGGACAAAAAGGGAAAUUCAGGAACUACAUUGAAGCAUAAGAGAAAUGGCAAGAGAAGCAGAGGUGAUAUGGAUCAGGAUGAAGGCUAA